UGUGUCCCCAUAAACCAAUGGCUCAGUAUAACUGUUCCUCUCUGGGUCUGCCUGCCACCACUCCUGACCAGCUUGGUUGGAACGUGUCCUGGGCCCUGGGCAACGUCAGUGCUGAUGACAUAGAGAACAUGUGCCUGAAUCGGAGUCAGUACCUGGAGAAGUUUCUAGGCUUCCAGCGGUCGCCUGUUUUCCUGCCGGUUUGCAUUACCUUCCUCAUCAUCUUCGCUGUGGGAGUGUUAGGGAACGUGCUCACCUGCGCCGUCAUCGUGCACUACAAGGUGAUGCGGACGCCAACUAAUUACUACCUGUUCAGUCUGGCCGUGUCCGACUUAUUAGUCCUACUGCUGGGUAUGCCGUUGGAACUCUACGAGAUGUGGAGCAACUACCCGUUCCUGUUCGGUGCCGGCGGCUGUUACUUCAAGACCUUCCUGUUUGAAACGGUCUGCUUUGCCUCCAUUCUCAAUGUAACGGCACUGAGCGUGGAGCGCUACAUCGCUGUGUUACACCCGCUGAAAGUCAAGCACGUGGCCACGCACGCCCAUGCCAAGCGUGUCAUCCUGAUGCUGUGGGUCAUAUCCAUGGUGUGCGCCAUGCCAAACACCAGCCUCCACGGUGUGGCCGUGUUGAGGCCCCGAUUUGGCCACCAAUUCCCAGAGUCGGCCAUCUGCAUGAUGGUCAAGCCCAUGUGGAUGUACAACCUGAUUAUUCAAGUGACCACGCUGGUCUUCUUCCUGAUGCCUAUGCUCACCAUCACUGUGCUGUACCUGCGCAUCGGCCUGCAGCUCAGGAUGGAGAGGGGCAUGCAGGGGGUCGGGACCGGGCAGGGUUUUGGUCCUGAUCGCCACUGCAGACACCAGCAGAGGGCGCGCCACCGACAAGUCACCAAGAUGCUUUGCGUACUGGUGAUUGUUUUUGGCAUCUGCUGGGCUCCCUUCCACAUUGACCGUCUCAUGUGGAGCUUCAUAAACUCCUGGACUGGCCACCACCACCUGGUCUUCGAGUACGUCCACAUCGUCUCCGGGGUCUUCUUCUACCUCAGCUCGGCGGUCAACCCCAUCCUCUACAACCUCAUGUCCACCCGCUUCCGGGAGAUGUUCCAGCAGAUCACGUGUCGCUCCGGCCUCUGUGGCGGCGACGUGCGCCUGCUGAACACCCGUAGCACCCAAAAUACCCUACGUAGUAUCGUCUAUGAGAAGCCGCAACAUAAUGGGACCCCAGAGAGAAUCACCCCAGACAGAGAGGAGCAGAAUGUGUACGUAAACCCCAACGGCCAGCAUGUAAAUGGAAAUACAAGCCCUGAUUAGAUAUGGGGUGAGGGUACCAAAACAAUGUAUAAACAUUAACUAAGAUUGGGUACCAAAAUUUGAAAAUGUGUAGCUGAUUGAAUGCGUACAGCGAGAGUUUGGACGGAAAGCAACAGAGUUGAAGUUGAAGUUUUGCCCUUGACUUUGGAUUUAAAGUUGAAUUCUCAGUGGGCGAUACCAAAAUUAACCAGGAUGAGGUACCAAAAUGUAACAAGAUUAUUAAAUCAAUCCCUGAUUGAAUGUGUAGCAGGUAGGCAUUUAUUGGGAUGACUCAUGUACUGAAGGCAGCUUUGUAGAGUGGACACUAGUUGGCACAGCCACAAAGUCAUAAAAUCCGAUUUUAAACCUAACCCUAACCACCCUGAUAACCUUAUGCCUAACCCUAACAUAUAGCCAAUUUUGACUUUGCAGCUGACCCAUCUAGUGGAAAUCGCACAGCUCUGCCUCCAGAACACGACAUCUCAAUAAAGGUCAACCUGCGACUGUGUACAACCAGAGUGGAUAGAGAGAAUGUAAUAAAGUCUAGUCCUUCGACUUUGAAUUUAAAAUGGUUUUCCCACACACAUACAAUUAGUUAUAUGUGGGUUAUUCAAAUGUUUAUUCUGUGCAGAUGAAAGUGUUCUUCAACCGGAUAUUAAUAUUCAGAUUGAACACAUUAUUUAUAUAAGCUUAUCUAAUAAUCAAACUUUGAAAAAGAAAAGAUACCCAGCUUUGUAAAAUAGCUUAUUAAUAUAAUACUGAUCUUAUUCUGUUCAUAUGUUUCAGGAGACACGAUUAAAUUGUAACUGUCUUUUUCCAUGCGUUAUUGUACUAGGUACACUAUCAAAAUCCCACUCACUAUGAAUGUAUAUCACAGGCAAUAUUGAAAGUAUAUGGGAGGUAGAAAUGUCCUGACACAGAAAUGGAAAAUGUGAUGUGCGAUGUACGUAUGACAUCCUUAAAGAAAUGGAAAUGCUG